AUGAUCCCUUGUUCACAGAGCAAAGCAAAUCCGAAAAAGCGAAAGGAGAAAUCUGAGAAACCUGAUGAAGAUGAACAAUUUGUGUCGAGAAAUGAAUUCAAAGAAAUGAAGAAAUCUAUCAAAGAGCUGUCUAAAGCUAUGAAAAAACUACAAGAGAUUCUGCUGUCAAAAACCAAUCUACUAGAGGCUUCAUUGAAGGAGAUAGAAACCCCAAAGAAAAAGGAAGAAGAAACCCCAAAGAAAAAGGAGGAACCGAAAUCUAUUUGCUGUUUCGAUGUCGAAGAGGCUUAUGGAAACAAUAGUCAAACCUUAUUCGUCAAGGGAUUUGAAAACUUGCGACCUAGGGAUGAAAUCAAGAAGGAUUUGACUAACAUUUUUGGUUCUUGUGGAGAGGUCACAAGGAAUGGUGAAGGCAAUGACAAGGCGCUAGAACUAAGUGGAACUUACAUGGGAGGAAGGGAGCUUAAUGUGAAGAUGGCUACGGAAAGUGGUCAUUACUAUGGCUUUACUAACUUUGCUGGGUGUGAUCGAUGUCUAGGGCCGCCACGUGAGCCUGACAACGGCCAGGUCGGGUUACCACGUGCGCAUAUACCUCAUCCUCUUUGCUUAAACUGGUAA